AUGUCUGAUCCGCUUUCUGUGACAGCGAGUGUCGUCGGAAUUGUAGGAGCACUGCUACACGGCUCCAAGCGACUCUACGAAUUUAUUGACUCACUUCAAAAUGCCCCAAAGGACAUCGCCGCGCUGUCGACCGAUUUGAGAGCACUGUAUGAGAUCCUUGCCCAUGUCACACAUAUCCAGGAUAGGUUGUCUAGUCACGUCGACCUCUGCACCAGCUUAAAAGCGCCCUUGGAGAACUGCUUGAACAUAUUCGACGAGUUCACGACCUUGCUACAGGGAUUCACUCAGACCUCAAGAAAUGGGACCAUUCAAGUCCGAGUCUGGAAGCAAAUGGCAUGGGCAUUCAAGGACAAGGAGAUCCAGCUUUUCAGAGAUACGAUUACGACAUAUAAAGUAUCCUUAGACAUGGCUUUGAGCGCGAUGACAUUUUCUACGAUUGCAUCAUUGAACGAACGUACCAAAAAAUUCGAAACAGACUUUAAAGAGGAGUUCAAGGACAUAAAAUUAAGAUUGCAAACCUUGGAUAACGACCGUAUCGAGUUGGCUAGCGUUGCAGGGUGUAAAGGCUCCGAAUGGUAUGGAACAGAGGCCAAUUUUGCAAUGAAUCGUUUUCUCGAGUAUACCGAGUCACUCUGUGAUUCACCUCCAGAAUCGUUCCCUGGAUCACCGAUUCAACUUUUGUUUGAAGAAUGCGAAGAGCUUGAUACACAACAAGCGUUACCAGAUACAGCAUCAUCACGCCAACUUCACGCCAUCUGCAGCACAGUACCAUCCACCGGAAUGAAAUACGUGGCAUUACUUACGGAGGUUCAGUUCAAAAGUCUUUGCCGACGCUAA